GAGUCGCUCCGCCAUUGAAGCCGCGCGUCCCGCUCAGGACGCUGUGUUCGGCUCUCGUCGUCGUUGCCGACUUGCAGCUCGCUCGCACCCAUUGCACGCUUCGCCGCUCUCCUCGUAACACCCGGGGAAGGAGCUUCGAGCGUCCAUCGAGCCUCGCCGCCGUUGCAGCAACGUGGCGAGGGUGGGAGGGGGAGUCGGGUCUUCUCGGGGCGCAAGCGACGCUGUAUCCGGCGGAUCGGCUAGACCAGGCCGAGGCUUGGGCCUUGCACACAUCGGAGUCUCCCUCCGCGAGCCUCCGCUGGCGGCGUUCGCUCAGAUAUGCGACCAGUUCGCGGGGUAGCGACGGGGAGACUGUCUGAGGAAUAAGCGCACGCACGGAUGCAUUGAGACGUCAGCUGCGUAGCGUUCGCGGUGAGAGUGAAUUAAGUUUUAUUGGGGUCUCUGUUCUAUAGGGUCGCUUGGGGUUGCAAGGGGAGUCCUUGAACGGGUGUGAGUUGGGAAGCUCGAUUGGUGGUGUGGUGAGAGGGAGUGAAUUUGCUCGGGGAAGCGAUUGGGAGUGAGUGAGCGGGUUACGUUGCGUUUUGCUUUGUGGUCUUGCGUUUGGAAUUUGAUGUUUUGAGGAACUUUGCUUUGAAGGUCGGUUAAGUUUAGCAAGGACUUUGUUUUGAACAUUUUGUUCGUCGGUAGGUGAAUUAUGUUGAAGUUAGGUGUGAUAGUUGGUCGGUGAGUUGCUUACAUGGUAGAUUAAUUGGUUAUGCGAUUGUUGAUUUUGGGUUCAUUUGGUGAGUCCUUUUGAAGGCGGGGAAAGUUGGUAUGUUGGUUCAUUGGUAAGUGGGUUAUUUUUGGGCUAGGGCUCGUAUUUGGUGGGUUGCGUUGUCAGGUGUGGUAAUUAGUAGGUAACUUGUUUAUAACGCGGGUCAAUUGUCUGGUGGGUAACUCCAAAGGGGGCUUAGGUGAGCGUUGAGCGAAGCUUUGGUGCGCUCUGCGUGGCGCGGGCUGCAUCGUACGAACGCAUCGCUUAAUGCGUGACAUGGGCAGUAGCAUGUGCAGCCGUCGCAAAGGUUUCCUUCAGAGCGCCUUUCUGCUGCUCACCGUGGCCGCCUUCGUCUAUGGGGCCAUCAUGUACAGCGAGCUGCACGGCAAGACGCGGCGAGCUGAGAGUCUGGCGCAGAAGUAUCAGCAGCAGCAGGAGUCCCUGGCUGCUCAGCUUCAAGUGGUUUACGAGCAUCGCUCCAGGCUGGAGAAGUCCCUGCAGAGGGAGAGGGGUGACCACAAGAAGACCAAGGAAGAUUUUCUGCUCUACAAGCUGGAGGUGCAGGAGAAUCUGAGCAAGGAUAAGCAAGAAUCAUUGAACAGAUACAACUCGCUCAAUGCCCAGCACCAGAUCCUCAAGUCGCAGCACGAGGAGCUGAAGCAGCAGUACACAGACAUCCACGAGCAGCACACGGUGCUGCAGGAGACGCACGAGCGAGCGCUGCAGCGGCACCAAGAGGAGCUGGGGCAGCUGCAGCAAGACAAGGACACCGAGAUCAGCUCCCUACACCAAAACAUGUACAAGCUGCGGGAGGAAGGCAAGCAGCUGCGCAAGGCUCACCAGGACGUGCACAAUCAUCUGCAAGAGACCCAGCAAAAUCACAACAAUCUGCUGGAGCAGCAUGAACAGCUCAAGGACACCCUCCAGCAGCAUCAGUCGCAACUGGCCAAAGCGCAGGUAGAAGUGCGCGAGUACCAGCAGCUGAAGGAGACUCUGAAUAAGAUGCCGAGCCUCAUGCAAGGGGCGCAGGGCGUGCAGGCAGCCGACUCGGGGCGCAAGGCGGUGGCCGCAGAGGCGGUGCAGAGGGACCGACGGCAACCUGACGAUGAGUCACAUUUGGAUGAGAAAACAAAACAAAUGCUUGAAGUGGAGAGAAAAGAACGACAGGAGUUGUUAGACAAACAGCGACAGGCGCGCAUUGAGAGAGAUCGCCUUAUGCAGCAGCAGCAGCAGGACAAUCAAAUCCAACCUCAGGAGAACCAGCUGCCUGGCCAACAGACGCCGAUCAGCAAAGUGAAGAGCCACUACGAGACGCAGCUGGAGCAGCAGCGAAUGGCGAAGGAACGCGAGGAGGCGGCGCGCCGGCUCGCCGAGCAGCAAGAGCUGAUCUACCGGCAGCGCUUGGCGCAGCAGGAGGCGCGGCAGGCAGCGCUGCGCCAGCAGGAGGCGGUGCAGCAACGCGACGAGAGCCUGAGGCAGGCCCGAAUCAGGCAGCAGGCAAUGUUUGACCAGGGGGUGCAUGGGAAGGACGGAGCGGAAGAGGAGGAACCAGAGAAAAAUGAGUCUGAGAAGAACCCUGAAGCCGCAGAUGAACACAAGCCUCAAGACUCCGUGGCGGAGGAGCAGGAAGCAGCCCGGGCCAACUUAGCACCUCUCAAACCCGAGCUUCAGCAGCACCAGCCCUUGAUUCCGGCUCCAUCAGCAGCACGGGUGGAGAAUCAAAAUGAACACCACGAUGAACAUGUCGAGCAGCCGCAUCAGCAGCAGCAGCAUCAGCAGCAGCAUCAGCAGCAGCCGCAUCAGCAGCAGCCGCAUCAGCAGCAGCAGCCGCAACAGGAAGAGGAAGAAGAGGAGCAGGAAGACGAAGAGGAUCAGAACCCGGCUAACGACCCCAACAACCAGGGCGAGGACGAGUUUGAGGCGGAGCAGGCUCUGCAGGAGAGGGCUCAGCGCGUCGCCGUCGGGGCGGCGGCGAUGGGCGCGAGGGGGGGGGCGGCAGUGGACACGCACGACGCCGCCGAGCGGUUCGUGGACGGCGCUAACGGCGGCGGGGAGGGGCGGCACGCGGGGGUGGCGCCCGGCGGCGGCGGCAGGAACGGGCGUGACGAGUUCGAGGAUGCGGAGCGCGCUCUGCAGCAGAGGGUGCGCUCCGACGUGGGGCGGCACGGCGCCGGCGCCGUCAUCCUGGGUCCCGAGGCGGCGGCGGGCGCGGGCGACGCGGACGGAAUUCAGCCGGAUGAGGACGACCAGCUCGUCGUGGCUGGAAAGCCUGACCAACAGGAGGAGAAUGAGCAGGAAUACCAGGAGGAGCAGGACGGCGGCCGCCGCCGGGUCGAGGGCCCCGGGGACGACACGGGCAGGGACGUAGGCCCGGACGACGCCGUGGAGGUUGAGGAGCACUACGACCACGGCAACGAGGAGGAGGACGAAGAUGGCGACAAGCAGGGCCACGUGGGGCCCGCAGCUGCCGCCGGCGCCGCCAAUGCUGCUCGGCACGCGAGGCGCGGUGCCGAUGGCGGCGGCGGCGGCGGCGGCGGCGGCGAUGAGGAGGAGGAGGUGGAGGAGGAGGUGUACGAGGACGAGGACGACAGGGCGGCACGGCACCCCGGCGGAGGGAGACGUGGCGCCGAGAUGUAGAGUGGCGACGAUGUGCAGCGUCAGGCCGGUCGGAUAAAACAUCCUCGUCGGCAGCUCAACCGGACAGGUCACUCCUUGUAACUUGGCAGUAGGACAUUUGUUACAAUUGAUGUUUUUAGCCGAGUGUAGACGAAAUUACUUUUGGUGAGUAAUUACAAAAAGAUAUAUGGAUGGCGUCUUUUUUUAUCCAUAAAAGCCUUGGCGGAGUGUCAAGGCUUGUUGAAUCGGCUCUUUUGCAUCGAUAUGUUUGACCAGUUGCUUUUUAAUGAUGGUUUUUGCAUGUGGUAAUACAUUGGAGUACCCAUAGGAAAUCUACCGUGUGAAGAGGGAAUGAUUCUCAACACAGAUGGGUCAGGCUACCGAUUUGCUGUACCGCAAUUCACUGGCAUCGUGACGGCCCAGCAGAUUGGCACUUUUCCGUCCAUGUGUGUGAGCCACCAACCCUGUGGCCACCGUGCUGGAUGCACACAUCACUUUUCCCGAAAAACGGUACAAAAAUGUAUUACCCGACCGCCAGAGAGAGAUUUCCUACACACAUACUCUGUGUCAAAAAUGCUUAUUGCCCAGUGCUUAAAAAAGGACUGGUGUGGAUUUAAUGGCCCAGAACUUGGCAUUAGUUGUGGGAAAACAAGGCAGAAUGCAAUCCUGAACCUAGUUGUGACUAUAUUACUUACUCGGGACUCAUUCUGAGUGAAAGGCUCGACGCGUUAUUGAGAGACCGGUAAAACCACAUUUGCUGCUGGUAAGCAUAGGAAAUCUAAUCCGGUUAUGUUUCCAGAAUGUCCCUCUUGUACAUAAUUGUGCGCUUCGGACUAUUUGGUUUCUCCGAGGACAUGCGAGCUUUUUCUGCAAAAGCUUGUCGGAUGUUUUUGUGCUUGCCUUGAAAACCCAACCAGCCUUUGGCCAACUUUACCAUAGCAAUAACAAUAAUGGGGCUCUAUAAUUCAUUAAAAUUAUACAUGUCCUGCAGAUGAGUGUUUAUUUUUAGAUGAUAAAGGAAUCUCUUAUAUGUAACAGUUAAAAAAAUUUACCUUCAUUUUACAUGUUUACCUGUGCUCCAAAACUGAAGUAUCCUGAUUUUUUUUUUACUGAAGCAUUUCAAAGUUAUGUAGUGGGGUUUGGUGUUUUUAUAUUUUUUGUUAGUAUACAUUUGUUUCAUGCAGCCAAACGUACGUGACCUGCACCUCAUAGUGAGGUGAAUAUGCCUUUUUGUUUUUAAAUCAACCCUUUCACCUACAAAAUGAUUUAGUUUUGUAAGGGCUACCUGGCCUAAUUUUACUGGCCGAAGAAUGUGAUAACAUGCCCCUGAGACUUGGGGCUUGUGUAGGAAGUGCACGAAAAUGUUAAUUGUAUCCGUACCUUCUUUAAUUUGUUUUAAAUAUACCCCCCCACUCCCUGUCGUUCAUUCGUGGGUGGUUAUUUGCUUUACAAAAGAAACUCCCAUUUCCAGAAACGGCAUUGUGGGCCAUGAGGGCACACGGGCAGUCAAGUGUUGGUGGGUAAUUGUUCCUUUGAACCCACAGUGAUAAUGUAGUUAAGAGGAUGUGGCUUUCUUUGUGGGAACGUUGUGUGUGUGGGUGACUGUCCCACAUGCACCAGUUAGACUGAGUCACACGUACUUUGUCCGCUGUAUGUCGAAAGCAUGGCCUUCUGCACUGCCCUUAGAGCAGCCGUGGUGUCUCUUCUGAUGCCUGUAGCUUUCCCUCUCGACUGUUUUUCACGUCUUAAGUCACAAUCGACCUUAGUCUCAGCAGGAAUAAUUACCAGAUUUUAUUAAGGAAAAAAAACACUAAUUUUGGUCAUGUAUUUCUUCAAUCGUGAAAUAAUAAUAAUGAUGUUAUAUUUAAUAUUAAUUGCUGGUUCAAUUGUCAUGUGUCGCAGUAACAUAAUGCAGUCAUUUUAGCAUCACAAAGGGAUUGUACGCAGGCCAAUUUGUCUGACCAAAUAGUUUAUUCGCUCAACUACGCCACGUGUUUUCAUGCUGCGUGUUGGUAAUUCUAAGCGAAAGGGUUUGGCUUGUGGGUUUCACAGUCUCAAACCCUUAACUACCCUCUCUUCCCAUUAUACCUUGGUCAUUCAUAUGUAUAGCCACUUUACUUAGGUGUACAACUGAAGAGGUUUGCAGACUGGUUGGAGAACGUGUAAGCAUGUUUUCAUAGCCGAUCCUGUAUGGCAGUCCCGACCAACCAUGCUGGCAAUGCAAGAUUGAGCACGCAAGGGUCAGUCGGGUUCACCGCGUGUGGUUUGGUAAGCAUGUAACAGUUAACACUGAUUCUCUCACAAUGAUAAUCACAGCCUUUUGUCAAUCCACUGCUGGGUGAAGGCCUGCCCAUGCUGUGUCUGUCGUGACACCUGACUCAGCUGAUCAGUGUGGGUUGGUGAAUGGUUUGCCCAGAACGAUGUCACUCGUGGCCAGGAAUCAAACUCUGGUAACCGGGAUUAAUAGCGCAGUUCAUGAACCAUUGCAACACUGCUCCACCCCCAUUGUGAAACAUUCCUCGGAUCGUGCCGGUCAGAAUAUAUAUGUAUAUUUUUCCAAAUCAUGAAAUGUAUAUGCUCAUGUUACGUUUGGAAUAAGACAACGCACGAGAUGGAUGAAACAAAUUUUAUUACGGACGAGAAAAAAUGCAACGAAAAUAAUUCCAUUGUUCUUGAGUAUUGCGAUGACCUGCAACAUCUGACAGGGAUUGAGUUGUUACAUGCCUCGAGAGUUAAACUCUGUGCUCACCGUGGCGUCCAUGCAUUGCACGUGGCGGUAGCUGUAUAUUGACUUGCCUAAUGAACAAAACUCAGCAGUUCAGAGCGGGUUAAUCAAAUCAUCUCGUCACCCGUCAGCGCUCCUCCUUUCAUCAUUCACCAAUGUCCUCCGUUACAUGUUAUCUCGUUACAUGCUUAAGUUGACAUUAGGGGCCUUAUUGAUGUGUCGGUGGCCAAAUAAAGGCAGUUUACACCUAUUUAUGAUGGACAAAAUGGCAAGACCAGCAAAAAAUAGUGGCUAUCUUGCCCCACCUUCUCACCAAAUAGAGAGAAACUGCCAAUUUUCCACCACAAAUGUACCCCAGGUCCUAUAAAAUUUCUAAAGUACACUGCAUUCAAAUGUUUAUGAUCAAAACUUAAAACUGAAAUAAGAUAUACCGUGACUUUUUAAAUGUUUGAAAUGUAUACAUUUUACUAUAGCUGCUAUAGGUCAUGAGUGUUAUAGGCAAUAUAUCUGUAUCAUCGUGAAUGUCAAGUUGUCUAAUCGUCACAUUGCUGUUAAGUUUCCAAACAUAAGGCACUACCACCAUCUUGUCUGUUGUAAGGAGUUAAGUCUGUGGUUUGUACCACAUUGGAUACCGUGUCCUGUACGGGAAUCGUGGUAAAAUAGCCCUCGUGACCCGCACGGUAUGGAGAGCCCCGCAUUCAGCAGCGAGAUUGAGUGCCCAAACCGGUGCGGUUUGCGGGGGGGGGGGGGGCAAGAACUACGUGGUGGUGCAUUCGUUGUCGUCCUGCUUUUGGCUAAACAUUGAGCGAAGCCAAGUCCGGCAUUGGCGUGACUCGGGCACCCACAACAGGGGCCAGAAGAGCUUCCGUUUGAUGGCUGGAGACUCGCGCACGCACAGCCACACACAUUCAUUCCAGGUGUUGGUUUAUUUUUUAUGUCCCAAGACUCGCGUGUUACAUUGGACAGGACACAACCGAGCUUCCCGCACGUGUCCUCGACACCUGUGUGGCGGCUCCUUGUUCAUGGCACGUUCGUUUAGCUCUGCACCGCGUUUAUCCACUUUUUUUACCUUCUUGGUCUUGCUUUGUAGUUCAAGCCUAAUCGUCUAUUUAGCGUAAUCCUUCUGCGCAGCUGUUGUGUGUUCUGUGUACUCUGUACAUAAGCGCUUUUAACUAAAGGCAAAGUAAGUCAAAUUUUGACAAAAAAAAUUGGUUACACCAAUAACUGAUGUUUUUAAAUGUGUGUGGAUGAAUUUAUUUUUAAAACCUGUACAAUUGAAUAAAGUGGCAAAGCAGGAUAUAUAUACAUAUAUCAGUGUAAUCAGCCUAGUUAUGCAGUGUGUAUUGACAGAUGGUUAAGUAAUUGUAUAUUAGUUUGUUGGAAUUGAUGUAAUUUUCCCGCUAUUUAAGAGUAUACGAACACAAUUUUAACAAGCUCCGACACGCUCACACGAGCUCUUAGUGUUGCCAAAGAACACGGACGUGGUAGUAUAUUUGUUGUCGCCACCGCCGCUGUUGCCCCAUGGGAUCCAUCGCCCACGUUGGCAUCGCACGGGAGCGCAUCCUGAUGCUGCACAUGUACGGAUACACAUGCACGUAAACAUUCAUUCCAUUCGCUGCCUUGCGUAUGUUCGCAAAUCGUCACACACAGACCACCGUGUGUAAAAUUAAAGGUGAAAUUAGCCAUGAAAGUAACCUUGUAGUAUACAGCCUCCAAAAGGUUGGAGCAGUUCACAAGUAAAUGAGCUGCUUACAGCUAAAGUUGGCUCAUUUGUUAAGCAAAAUGCACCUUGUAAAAGCGUUUAGCUCCUUAACGGAGCUAUUGUACCGAUGUUUUGUUUGAGAUAAUAUAAGCUACAACAUUUUGACUUUGUAAAUUCACAAGUACCAUCUAGGAUCAGAUUAUGCAAAUAAAUACCGAUGCGUUCGGCAAUUAAUGCAACAUUUGCACGAAACACUUGUGAAAAUUAUACAAUUUCUGCGAAAAGUUUGGGGUCCCAUGGUUUUUUUUUUGCCAUGCAGAGGCGACUGAAAAUUCCUGUUGAGAAGCACUCGUAAAUGCGACGUGUUCCAUUGCAAGCCUUGCCUGCGUUUUUUUUUGUCAAUUCAAAAGGUCUCACUGCGCUUGUUUCAAGUUUGAUUUAUUUCACCAGGUGACAACUCCGGUGAGCUCCAGGAUAGCCUCAUUUGCAAGAGCUCGCCCUGAAUUGAGCGACCGGCUCAAGCCAGCAAUCGACGGUGCUCAUCUCUGUUAGCAACAGAGCAAGUGGUGGAAAUUUUCAUAUUUCUACGUCGAGGGUUUUGUCUCCACAGUGGUACUUAUUUUCUUGACCUCAGGAUCAUUGGGCUGACUUUAACCCAGAGCCGCCAAGAUUUUAAUUCGAAGUUUUGGAAUUGCGAGUAAAGUACUCUUGGUGUGUGUGUGUUUCUGUAACAAUUGGGGAGGCCACAGAAAGAAGCCUUUAGAUUUCAUUGUGCCAAAGCUGUUUAAUCCAUUCCACCGCAGCAAUUGGAACAAAUCGAUUCCAGGUAGUAAAGCGCGCUUCAAUCGAAAUUUGUGCUGCACAUGUGGAACGUCUGUUGGCAUGUGCAGCAACGUGGCAGUUGUACAACAUUUAAAUAGUUUUUUUUUAUGAUUUUAAAGUUGAUACCGGAGGUCAGACAUCACACACACAAUGGUACUUUAUAUUAUUAUGGCUGUGUGGUUUCAGGGCAUGAUGCAUCUUGUUACAUUUUCUGAGAGUUCAAGCAGAUGAUUUUCAGUCGGUCCCCAUGCAGUGGAAAUCGCACAUGGUCACCUUUAGCUUCUAAAACCAAGCAGACACGAAUGAAAAAACCGUUUGGGUAUUUUAUUUUAAUAGUCUCAUUCUUGCGCUGAGAUUCAGCACUGUUUUCUAGAUUGAGCUGAUGUUGGGCAUACAAGUUGCCCAUUGCUAACAGGAGUGUAUCUUUGAAAUCCAUUCUGGUGUUAGGCGUAUCGAAACUAAAUUAAAGCAAUCCUUGCAAUUACUUUUAAGAGGGCUUUAAAGCCUUUGUAUAGUCGACCAUAAUAUUAAUCAAUUUGGUACAUUUUGGGUUCUAUUAUCGUUCACAUUUGUCUUUGUAAAUAAAUGUCUUUAGUUUUAUUUGAGAAAACAACGAGCGUACAAUCGGGCAUGUGUUACUUUUAAGCUCCUACUCCAGCCAAUAUAUCAGUUUCAAAUAAUAUAAUUUGUCGUCAAUUUUUUUCCGUUGUAAUUUUUUAGUCUCCAUAAAUUGUAAAACAGCAAUAAGAAAAACGAGCUAAACCAAUCGCAAUGUCACGUUCACCGGUUGCUCGCGCGACUUGUACACCCGUGUGAAUAACACGUUUUGUAAGCGUGCAUUGUGUGCCACGAUUAAAUCCCAUCACGUUUUUCAA